UCUUCACUCUACCAAGAGCAGAAAGGAGAAGAGAGAGGCCCUGCGGAAAUCUCAAGGUGACAGGGUCUAAUUUGCAGUGUACAUUAAGCAUUCGGAACUCUGUACGUGUCUCAAGGGAGGAGAUGGGAUCUGAGGGGCCAAAGAGAGUCACUAUACAUGUGACUGGGUUCAAGAAAUUUCAGGGGGUUGCUUGGAACCCUACUGAGACUAUAGUUAAUAAUUUGAAGACUUUUGUUGGAAGGAGGGGACUGCUGGAUAGCAUUAAUCUGGGGAGCUGCACAGUUCUUGAGGCUGCUGGAGAUGGUGCACUCGAUGUGCUGUACAAGACCAUGGAAGCAGGUCUAGCAAAUGGAAAUUCGAGCUGUGAACAAGUCAUAUGGCUCCACCUGGGAGCAAACAGCAGGGCACUGAAGUUUGCCAUUGAGCGGCAGGCAGUGAAUGAAGCCACUUUCUGCUGUCCAGAUGAGCUUGGAUGGCAACCUCAGCAAUUACCGAUAGUCAAAGAUGAUGGUGGAACUUCUCAAACAAGAGUGACUUCCUGCUCCGUUGAGGGAAUUGAGCAGUUCUUGAAGGAAAAGGGCUUCAAUGUGACAAUAUCCAAUGAUGCAGGCCGCUUUGUAUGCAACUAUGUUUAUUAUCAUUCUCUCCGGUUUGCGCAAGAGAGGGGUCACAAAUCUCUCUUUGUUCAUUUCCCUCUCUUCUCGACGAUCAAGGAAGAAACUCAGAUGCUGUUUGUAGAAGCCCUUCUGGAGGCCAUUGCAUCAACAUGUUAAUAUCAUCAAGUCUGUAAGUUCAAAUUUCAUGUCUAUCUUGUGUUUAGUUCUGUUGCUUGCUCCUUUAUCUGAAUCCACCCUUCUGUAUGUAAGUAUAUGAGGAUCCUUUUGAACAGUGAACUGUUAUGUUGUUUGUUGUUGAAGAGUAAGAUGAGU